CGAACAUGAAUACAAGACAAAGUUUUACUAUCGCAUUCAAGCUUGAAGUAAUCUCAUAUGCAGAAGAAACCUCAAAUUGUAAAGCUUCUCUGUUUUAUAAGAUUCAUCGAAGAAAUAAUAAAGAUUUAAAUAUAGAGCAAGUGCGAGUUCUUGAAGGUCAUAGCAUGAAAGCAGCAUACUCUAUAUUGGAAAAAGAACUAUUGGAAUUUAUUAAAAAAAGAAGAGAAGAAAAAGGCACAGUAACUACAUCAAUAAUUAUAAAAGAAGCCAAACAUUUUAGUGAAACUAUGAAUAUUAGUGGUCCCUGA